AUGGUGUCAAAUGUGCCUCUUUUUUUGUUAAAUGCCGUCAUAAUUCUCUAUAAACAGCUGGAUAUUUUCCUUCCCCCCAUUUCUGUCUGUUUCUCCCUUUCGGUCUUCUUUUGCGAUCUUUCUUCUUUCACUAAAUCCGCCACACACGUCGUUUCAGUGUUAGUUUUGUUGGCAUCCAUUAUCACAAGAGAUUUUUUUUUAUUUUUACAUUGCUCCCUCUCUCUCUCUCUCUUUCCCCCCCUUUCCUUUUUUUACUUUUUCUCUCCCUCUGUAAUUCAUGACAAUUCUCUCUUUGUUAGUUUCUUUCUUUCUUUCGCUUUAUAUCUCUUGGUAUUUUUAACUUUAUUUUCCUUUUCUUUCUUUCUUUCUUUCUUUCUUUCUUUCUUUCUUUCUUUCUUUCGCUUUCUUUAUUUCCCUUUCUUUCUUUCUUUCUUUCUUUCUUUCUUUCUUUCUUUCUUUCUUUCUUUUUUUCUUUCUUUCUUUAUUUCUUUCUUUCGCUUUGUAUCUCUUGGUAAAUUUUUAGCUUUAUUUUCCUUUUCUUUCUUUCUUUCUUUCUUUCUUUCUUUCUUUCUUUCUUUCUUUCUUUCUUUCUUUCCCUUUUAUUACCAUUUCUUGCUUUCUUUCUUUUUUCUUUCUUUCUUUCUUUCUUUCUUUCUUUCUUUCUUUCUUUCUUUCUUUCUUUCUUUCUAUUCUCUAUUCAUCCGACAUUUUCUCUUUCUCUUCUACCGCCCUUUUCUUCUCCCUCUUCUUUCUCCUUCUAUUCUUUAUUUUCUUUUUUUUCUACAAUAUUUUUCUUCAAAAUAUUUUCAUCCUUUUAUUUUAUUAUGUUUCGUUUCCUUCCUUUAUUUCAACAAAUCUUUGCCUUCAUAUUCUUUGCGUAUUUUUUCGGAUUUUUUCAUUUUUGACCUUUCACCUUUCUUUUGUCGUCUGCUUCCUGCGCAACAAACCCCAUCUUUUAGUUUCUAUUCUUCUUCCCUGUCACUUAUUUCUUUAUUUUCUUGCCGACUACAAACGCUCGUUCUUUGA